AUGAUAAAAUAAGGUAAGUCUAAGGAUACUGCAGUUUUAAGGACUCUCAUCAACACUUAAGCAUAAAAUUUUGCAACUAAAAGAUUGUUAAAAGAUCUCAAUAUAAUUGAGAAAGAGUCGAUUUCCACAAUGGGAGUUUCUGCAAGACUUUUGGAACAUGAUCUCUUUAUUUGGCAUGCUAAUAUUAGAGGUCCAGUUGGAGAUCCUUAUGAAGGUGGAAUAUUUCAUUUUGAAUUAUUAACACCAGAAUCUUAUCCACACUAACCACCAAAAAUAAAUCUAUUCACAGAAUUACUACAUCAAAAUGUUUUCGGUAUUUAAAUAUGCCUAGAUUUACUUUAACCAAGAAAACCUGAAGAUAAAGAUAAAUAGUCAGGAUGAUCAAGUGCUUAUACUAUUUAAUCAAUAUUAUUAUAAUUAUCAGCAUUCUUAUUUGAAGAAUAGAUUACUGAAAAAAAAGAAAAAUAACAUGCUUAAAUAAAAAAAGCCGUUUAAGCUGCUAAUAAUUUUAAAUGUACAACUAAAAAUUGUAAACAUGGUGGAAAACUUUCAUUAUGGCCAUAAUUCAAUAAUAAAGAAAGUGAAGAAUAAUAAUUUAUUAACAAAUAAACAGAAUAAGAAUUGUUAGAAUAAUAAUUUAUUUGUUUCCAUACUAAAUUAAGUUAUAGGAAACCAUAAUCUCCAUAAUUUGAUGAUGAAACUAAAAUGAAAUAAGAAAGUUGUUUAGGAAUAUUAUUAGAUGUAUCUAAAGUUCCUAGAACUGGUUCUAUUAAAUAAGCAGUUCCAUCUUUAGAUUAUGUUUCAAUUUAAACAUUUUUAAAUGAGAGUUUAAAAUGGGAUUCUUUAAAUUUGACAUAUACUCAUUGGUUACCUCUUUAUUUUGGUAAGACUGAUAAUAAAAAGAGAGUAUUACAUCUCUUAUAAAGAUCAUUAUCAAUGAUAAUGACAAAUAAUACAAAGAGAUUUAAACCUGAAUUUGUAUUAGAAGUAUUUCCAAAUAUUACUUAAAGUAUUGUUCAUGCAAUGAUGGCUGAAAAGACUCAUGCAUCAAUUAGAUGUUUAAGAGUAUUAGCUUAAGUACAUGCAUUAUGGUUAUUAUGUAUGGAAGAGUGGCCUUAACUUUAUUAAUAAGUUGAUACAGUGAUUAAUAAAUUUAUUACUGAUUAAAAGAAAUUCCAGAAUUAGCUGAUGAAAAAUUAGAUGGAGCUAUUAGUGCAACUAAAAGAGUUGAAAUUACAUUUAAAUAAUAAUCAACUUCAUUUUAAAUGGGUUGUUUCUAAUAUAUUUAUUUAACUUAUGUUGUUUAAACAUUAAAAACUUAAAAAGAAAUUUUAGAAAGAUUUGAUAAAAAUUAUUGUUUAUUAACAACAGGUAUUGAAAAUGGAAUAUAAGAAAAAGUAUUUGAAGCUUUUAAACGAGUUGUUAAUUAUGAAGCAUUCUAUGAAUUUAAUGGAUAAGAAAAGAAAUCUAUUGAAGAAUUAAAUUAAUUAUUGAAAUAAGCUGUUAAAAAUUCAAAAGAAAAAAAAUAUCAUGGUACUGUUAAAGAAAUGAAUUAAUUACCAUCUGCUAUUGAAUAAGUUAAAUAAUUUAAAAAAAAAAACUCUAACUUAUAAGACUUUUAUGUAAUUACUAAAGAAGAAUUAGAUAAAAAGUAAUUCAAAUAUAAUAUUGAGGCAAAACAAAAUAUUGAUUGGAAACAAGAAUUAAUUAAAAGAUGGGAUUGGAUUGAAGAAUUAUUAAAAUUGAAUCCUGAAUUAAAUGCAACUGAAUUAGCUUAAUAGGCUAAUAUGAGAACAUUAAAUGGUUUUGGUCUUAAACCUGAUGAUAGAUUAUAUAAUAAAAUAGAAACUCUGAGAAAUUAAUAUCAUAAAGUUUAAUAUUAAACAGAUUUUCCGUAACAUAAUUGGCAAUAACUUUAUAUGAAAUUGGAUUUUGAAUAAUUCUUAAUUCAAUUUGAUUAAUGUCCUGAUUUCUAAAGCUUUUAUGAAAAAGUUACAAUUGGAAAAGAUAAUUUACUAGAUUCAAUUCUUGUAUUAAUUAACAUAAAGACUGUUUCAUCAGGAUAUUAUAUAUAACAGCUGCUUUAGAAUAAUUUACAAAAUUAAUUAGAUUAACUUUAACUGGAUUAGAUUAAUCAGGCAGCAUCAUUUUUCCAAAGAAAGCUGCUAAAUCUUUUUGUAAAGGUUUGAAUAAUUUAAGUAAAUAAUAAAAUAAUUUAUAAUUUCUUGAGAUAAUUAAAUUAGGAUUCUCAGGAAAUUAAAUAGAAAUAACAGAAUCGAUAUUUGGAGUGUUAACUCUCUUUGCAAAUUAACUUAGAUCUCUCACAAUUGAAAAUACUGAUUUAUUAACAUUAAGUAAUGCUGCAAAGACAGUAGGUGCUAUAAUUACAUCUUUUAGACACUUAGAAUUUUUGAAUUUAAAAGGAUCAAUAAGAAAUGCUAAUAUAGCUAAAGAAAUAACUGAUGGUUUAAUGAGAGCAAAAUAAUUAGUAACUGUAGAUUUGUCUUAAAUCAUUUAGCAACAGAAAAGGGAUUAGCAUCAAUAGUUUAUAAUUUGAG